CCCAGCGUUAGCAUUAAGACGGCACUAGUUUUCUGAACAAGCCGACAGGUAAUUUUAGAUCAGUAAAUAAGCGAUGAACUUCUUGAUACUAAUUUGUUGAUGUCCUGACUCGAGGGACUGCGGGCUUGACAGGUUUGUUUAUCAACCAGCUGCCAUGGCUUCCGGUGGCGUCCCGACUGGGACCUCCUAUUGGCCCAGCAGGGUGGAGCUGACCAUCUCCUGCGAGAACCUCAUGGACAUGGACGUCUUCUCGAAGUCCGACCCUCUGUGCGCGCUCUAUAUCAACGCCUCUGGCUCACAGUGGCACGAGUUAGGGCGCACAGAGAUGAUCCUAAACUGCUUGAAUCCAAAGUUUGCAAAGAAGUUUGUCAUCGACUAUUAUUUCGAGACUGUGCAGAGGGUCAAGUUUUGCGUCUAUGACAUAGACAACAACACAUAUGACCUGGAAGAUGAUGAUUUUCUCGGGGAGCUUGAAUGCACUCUAGGCCAGAUUGUUUCCAACAAGCAGAUGACUCGACCUUUAAUGUUGACGAAUGGAAGACUUGCAGGUCGUGGUACAAUUACAAUAAGUGCUGAGGAAAUAUCAGACACCAGGGUAGCAAAUUUUGAGGUGUCUGCCCGCAGGCUCGACAAAAAGUUUUUUUGGUGGUCCGACCCUUUUCUGGAGUUCUACAAGCAGACAGACACUGGAUGGCAGCUGGCUCACAGGACGGAGGUUAUACACAACAACCUCAACCCUACAUGGAGACCCUUCCGCAUCUUUUUGCGAUCUCUCUGUGGAGGAGAUGUUGAGAGAACUAUAAAGGUUGACUGUUAUGACCAUCAUGUCAAUGGCUCUCACCGUCUCAUUGGAAGUUUUAAAACCACCCUUGCCGAGAUGCAAACUGCAACACACGUCUCACCUGUUGAGUUUGGGUGCAUUAACCCAAAAAAGCUGAAGAAGAAAGACUAUAAAAACUCUGGGGUCAUUUAUAUUAAGAGCUGUCAGGUCGAGAAGGAAUACACCUUCCUGGAUUACAUCAUGGGAGGCUGCCAACUUAACUUCACUAUUGCCAUUGACUUCACUGGUUCUAAUGGCGAUCCCAAAUCACCCAAUUCCCUCCACUAUAUCAACCCUGAGGGCUAUAAUGAAUACCUGUCAGCAAUCUGGGCAGUGGGCAGUGUCAUCCAGGACUAUGACAGUAACAAGAAGUUUCCAGUUUUUGGGUUUGGAGCCCAGAUUCCACCAGCUUGGAAGGUUUCCCAUGAUUUCCCUAUCAACUUUAAUCCAUCAAAUCCAUUCUGUGAUGGCAUUGAAGGUGUGGUGUGUGCCUAUCAGCAGUGUCUGCCCCAACUGAAGCUCUGGGGUCCAACCAACUUCUCCCCAAUUAUCAACCAUGUAGCCUGCUUCGCCAGACAAGGUCUCUACCAGAAUAAAGCUGCACAAUACUUUGUGCUGCUCAUCAUCACAGAUGGCGUGAUCACAGACAUGGACUUGACACGCACGGCUAUCGUCGAGGCCUCUCGCCUGCCUAUGUCAAUCAUCAUAGUGGGUGUUGGUGGCGCAGACUUCAGCGAAAUGGAGUUCCUGGACAGUGAUGACAAACCGCUGCUUUCGCCCAGCGGUGAAGCCGCUGCACGGGACAUAGUCCAAUUUGUGCCUUUCAGACAUUUCCAUGGAAACAGUGUGGGGCUUACACACAGUGUCCUGGCAGAGCUGCCUGAGCAAGUGCCAUCCUUCUUUAAUUCUUACAAGUUGAAACCUCCGAAUGUAUACGGCCAGUAAAGGUGAUCUGAGAAUGCUGGCCGAAAAUGAGCCCAAAUGCCUAGUAUAAAAUUAUUCAUCUGCAUCUCCAUCAACCUUGUGUCCAUUUUAGCCUAUUGUCGCUACUUUGUUGUUUCAAAGAAUUCAUUUGUUUUUAAUAAAAACAAACUUCUCACUGGA